AUGGUAAUCCCGGGAACUUGUUUUCUCACUUUCUCUUCUUCAUUUCAUCCAUCGCUUCGUUCGCGUCUCCGCCAUCUCGUUUCCCGACGGUGUUUGAAGAAAUGUCACAAAGAAAAUAUGGAAUCUGUUGGUGAGGUAGUUGAUGAAAAUCAAAUGGAACCACUGUUAGUGCAUUUAUGUGCUUCUGUCAUCCUUGCACGUGAUUUUCCGUUUCAUCAUUUUGAGUUAGAAGCACUUAAGAAUCUCUACCAGUAUUUGAAUCCAAAUAUUCUUAUGCCUCCUAGAAAUGUUAUUGAGGCUUAUGUCUCGGAAUUGUACAUGAAAGAGAAACUCAAGCUUAAACACGAAUUGGCUACCAGUACUUGUAUUUUUUGCAAGUUUGGAAAGUCCAAUGUGUUCUAG